UUCAACUAGGGUUGAUCAAGACAUAUCACAUGACCAUACCUCUAUCUAAUAUUUGUCCUGUUGCCCUGGAGAUCAUAAUAGUACUGCACUGGUGUACUGGGGGUACAUACGGAGCACCAAAGACAAGAUGACCACGAAAGUCCAACCAUACCAGUCCUGCACAGAGAGCAAUAGAAUACAAAGUGUACAAUUAUUUAGAACAAUGAAAUGGUACCUACGGGCUGGUGGAUUCUAUGUUGGGACGGAUCUGACUGGCAGGAGAAGCAGGUGUCGUAACAUCCUCAUGGUAUUGUACUGCGUAUUUUGUACAGCGAGUGCCAUCUUCGGAGCUACUAAGUUUCUCUUGACGUACCUCAGCAACAUGAAGUCAACCAGAAACUCCAUCACGUCAGCAGCGUAUCUGACCUUCUACAUAGAAACUGCGUGUUUGAUGCUAUCUCUGACCUUUAUUGUAGAUGGCAGAUUCAAGAGGUUUGAGGAGCUGUUAUUUCGAAGAAUUUGUCAAACCACUGACCUGAGAGAAUACUAUUCCAAACUCAGGAAAACAUCAUAUGUAGUUAUCACAGUUCUGUGUGUUAUUCAUUUUGGUUGUCAGGCUUGGCUGCUCUUAACAUCCAAUCACCUGGAUGCGCCGUUUGACGUACCUGCUGGACCCUUUUCAAUAAUUCUCAUGGCUGUAAUAUCAGUGGUCACAAUUUUUGGAACUUUCGGUUUUUACACAAUGAUAGCUGUGUACAAUAUCGUGAGUUUCUGUCUUUACAAGGAGUUUCAGUUCUUCUCAAGAAAAUUCAAGGAGCUCUAUCAAGGAAAGACUGACUUGUUUGAGGCCACGUUUCAGGAACUGUGGGACGAGAACCUCUCUCUGUCCGAACUACAACAAUCAGCUGAUAUGUUUAUGAAACCAUUUGUCACACUGACAUAUUUGUCCACCAUCCCCAUCAUAUGUUGUAUGGUGUUUGGUUUGACAAGAGGACAUCUGGGUAUGGAAGAACUGUUUUACGUCGCUGGUAUCUUUUGCCUGAGCCUUUGUCAGUUCUGUAAUGUGACUUUGAUUGCUGUGAUGAUCAGUGAAAAGGCCCAUGAACCUGUCCAACACAUAUUUGGCUCCAAGUGGUCAUCGCUGUCGGAAGGAACACUACAGAAGGUUUCACUGUUUGUUGCUCGACUCUCAUCGGAAAAGAUCGGGUAUACGGCGUGCGGACUAUUCACCAUCGACAAGUCUGCUUUAUUAAUGCUGGGUGGCACCGUGCUGACGUACGUUGUGGUGGUCCUGCAGGUGCAGCCUGACUCGGAUGCUGGCUGUCUGACUCCUGGCUCUUUUAACCUCACUCACCUAUGCCCCUAGCUUCAACAUUCACUUGCACAUUCAUACCAGUUUUAGCAUCCACCUGCACAUCCACACCCCUUUCAACAUCCACCUGCACAUCCACAUCCCCUUCUACAUAGACCUGCACAUCCUCAUCCCCUUCCACUUCCACCUGACAUCUACAUCCCCUUCAACAUCCACCUACACAUCCACAUCCCC